AAUUAUGUCUACAUCUACCCAUAUGUGUACACAUUUGCAAAUACAACACAUACCGGUUCUGUGUGGAUAGUUCUUACAUUGACCAUAGAUCGAUAUUUGGCCCUAUGCCAACCGCUCAAGCAUCGUGCCAUAGGGAAGAAGAGCCGUGUGAAGCGUUUAAUGGUGAUCGUAUCACUGUUGGCUGUACUCUUCUCAUCUCCACGAUUCUUUGAAGUGCACGUUGUACAGUUUUGUAAUGAAUACAAUGAAUGUGUUGCUGUAAUCGAUCGGACAGCACUUUUCGAGGUAAGCAUCGCUGUCUAUCGUAUUGUUGUCAUAUAG